UAAGGCGGAUCUUAGUUAGACGAAACAGACCACACAUUUGCAAUAGAAGUACCGUAACCGUUUAGUUCAAACGCUGUUUUCUACGGUCCUGCGACUUUCUACUUUUGCCAGCCUGUGCGUGACCUUUUGACGCCAGGUGCGUCGCAGAGGACGAGGCGGUCUGGAUACGGCGACCCGCCGCUCGGACGUCCAAGGUGAUAGAAGUCAACUAAUACUCUACUUCAGGGCUAUUGUAUUCUUCCCAGAAAGAAUAGGAGUCUGCUUGUGCCAUGCGCUAAUACAGAGGGUUUGUGAAGCCAUUUUCAGCAGAGACAGUGGGAGACACAGCGCCUGCUACCCUGUGUGUUGAGACACUAACUAUCAGGAUAACAACAGAGGAAGGAAUAUCAGCAGGAAGAGGACACGAAACAGACAGUGACUGUCCUCUGAGUUCACCCCCCCUUCCAGGAUGAACGGCUACGCCCCACCCUCGUUCCCCCAGGGAGGGUUCGACUCAUACACCUCACAACUCAAUGGUCAUGGUUCCCAGUCCACAGAGCCUCCAGAUUGCAAUGCCAGGUCCAACACCAAGUCCAUCUCUAAAGCCCUUUAUGAACAACGGAAGAACUACACCAAAAACAGCAUCAACAGCAUGACGAACACCUCGCAGUACCAUGUUGAGCACCUGACCACAUUUGUUCUGGACAGGAAGGAAGCCAUGAUCAACACUGAGGACGGAAUCAGGAAGCUCCGCCUGCUGGAUGCCAAGGGGAAGGUGAAGCACAGGACACACUUAUGA